AUGCUAGACGAGCUAGAAAGCGCCUUCGACGAACAUCCUUCAUUGGAUGCGUCGCUCGAGGACUUUGAGAGCAAUAGUAACGCUCGUCAAUCCCCCGUUUUCGGUCUGCCUUCCCAGCAUUCGGGCUUCCGCUCUGAGGAAUCGGAUGGGGAGGAUGACGACCUCACGCCUAACGGAGAUCGCUGGUCGCCUCCGGGCUUACGCAGGUAUGAUUAUGUACAAGGAAGUGGUUGGUAUCGCCAUCAGCCCUACGUGCGCAAUCCCGAUUACGACCGUUUCUGCCUCAAGCCCUCGGUCGGACUGAGCCCGUCGCAAUCGCGCGAGCCUAGUCCGCAGUAUGAGGAUGCGCUGGAGGCGCCGACCGCAGGGAAACGCAGUCAGUCCGCAGAGACAGCUGACAUCACCAUAGCCGCCAAUGUCCCCUUGCCAGCCGACGCAGAGACCCCAGAAAAAGGUCGCUCGCCGAGCCCGGGACCCAAAGGUGCAAGAGCUAGCCCGGAUGGCGAGGGUCUGGACUUUGGGUCGGGGAAUAACCUCAGCAAUUAUAUCCGGUUCGCUGUGCGCGCGGAAGUUCAGCACCGUGAGCCCUUUGUCGCAUUCUUUAGUUACUUGCGGUCCAAACUCGAUAAGAUCACUAGCUCCAAAUCCAACGCAAUUCUUUCUGUAAUCGUUGCUUUCAUAUCGAUCGCGUUCAUGCGCGCCUUAUUCCUUCCCAGCGUUCCCGAAGCGAUACCCGAUCUGGUCAAGCUGUCAGGGUUUGCGCGCUCGUUCGAGCCCCUCAUCUAUUAUUCGGAGAAUGGCGCGCAUCAAAUAACCGCCUUGCAGGAGACUGGGGUGGCUGUUUGGGACCUCGGAGAAUCGGUGCGCGGGACCAAUAUGACCAGCGCGCCGAUCAUUGUCCGCCAACUGGAUGAACUCUCCGAGUCCCUCAAGUCGCUCUCUCUGGAGCUGGCACGCUUCUUCUCCGACGUUGAGGGGGACAUUGACUCCAUCUUGCUCGCCAUGGAUUGGGCCAAGCGUGAACUAGAGGCCUUAUCGUCGCAACCGCCUAGUACGUUGCCGUCGGUCGUUUUCGAUAACCUCCACGGGAUCUUUGCGCGACUGGGGGCGCUGGAGCGACUUAGCGCCGCGAGUGGGGAAGGGUCUAGCACUGAAUUGACCAGCACCCCAACCACCUUUGGCAACUUCGUCACCGCGGUCUUCGGCCAAACCUCUGCCCAGCGUACCCGCACAACCCUCACUCGGACCUUUACCGAAAUGCUCUCCGUACUAGAAGAGGCGAUCAACAACGAGCUGACGCACUCAACGGCGCUGUUCGCGCUCUUUGAAGCGAUCGACCGCCAAUUUUUGAAUCUUCAACGGACUGUAGUCCGCGAGUCGGAUGUACAAGAACGCGAAGAGGGCGAGAUGCUGGAGUCGCUGUGGACUAGGCUUAUGGGAGCCAAUGCUGCUGCGAUUCGCAAAUACGAAAAGAACAAGCGGCUGCUCGCCAAUGUCCGUAGUCGCACUGUCACUAACAAGCACCUCUUGGUGGACCACCGCGGCCGUCUACUAACCCUCAAGGUCAAUCUGGAAACCCUGCGGCGCAAACUUGUCAGUCCGCUAGUUCGACGCAACGACUCGAUGAGCUUCACGGGCAUCGAGUCCAGUAGUCGUAGCAACGGUCGCAUGCUGGGCCAUGUUGAGGCUGUGAUUGACGGACAAAUCCGAGGACUCGAAGGCAGCUAUGAUUACCUCAAAUCUGUGCGUGACAAACAAAAAGCCAAGACUCUGGAGUUUUACUACGGGUUCGGGCGUCGCUUGCCGCAGAACCCAGUAUUAGCCGACGGGUCGGACGAUCUGGGGACGGACGCGAUUGACGGGGUGUGA